UGUUUUGUCGGUUAUGUUGUUGCCAGUCUUCGUUUCUCGCUCAACAAUUUUUUCGCCUGCGCCUGGAAUAUAAACUCGCGAUCAGUGCGUGUAAUUGUGUCAGCAGUUUUUAAUGCAAUGUAAAAUAUUCUCGAUGUGAACGCAGGAUAGCCUAUCGGACAACGCAGCUAAAUGCCUAAUCGCGAAAUUGUUUACAAAAGUUUUGUUUUUUACCCGUUCAUGUGUCCGUGAACGUGAAUGUGGAUGUGAAUGAGUAUGUGUUUAUGUGUCCGUGAGCGUGUUAAAUUAAUUUUUUUACCAAAGAAUCGGCAGCGAUCGCGAUUCUGCAAUCCAAUCAACAAUACAUUCAGUCACUGAUUAAUAAACACAAAAGAUUUCCAAAGAAGGCGGCAUAUCAAUGUCGUACAAAAGAAAAUAUUUUGCAUAGCGCAGAGAGAUAAACCAUUGUGAGUUACGGCAGAAGAAGAGCAAGAGCAAUAAUCCAAAGAUAUAGCCCAAAAUAACCAAAUGGCCACGAACUGCAACUUCAUCGAGGAGCAAGUGAAGCAGCAGCCGUUGGCCAAUGCAGCAGCCAUGGGCACCCAGGAGGAUGGGGGCCACGAGGCCAAGGAGCAGAAGCAGGAUCAGCCCGAGAAGCUGCCAGCUGCCCUUCCCUACGAGGACACUUUCGAGUGCGCCUUCGAGUCCACCAUGGAUGACCUGGAGCAGGGUGUCCUCGAUGGCUAUGAAUCGGACUCGGAGGCGAGUGCCAAUGAGCAGAUCACGGACUCCGCCUCCUCCGGCAGCCUGGGACAAGUGCUGCAGCAGCGGGAGGAGCGGAUGAGGGGCUUGCCAGGAUCACUACAUGGCCAGCACAUCGACUCCGAGAUGCUCAAGUGCUUGCCCCGAUCGAACUCCUUUGACUUUCACAGCAGCAGUGGCAGCAGCAGCGACGAUGAGGACGAUCCGGAUGACGACGAUGACGACAAUGAGGGGGACGAGGUGCAUUCCAGUCUGGGACUCAGUCUCAGCGGCAAGUUUGCCAAGGUCGAUCUCUAUUCGGGUCACCAAAGACCUGGUUACCUGCUACCUCCCUAUAUCGAACGUCGCCGGUUGUCGCAGUGCAAGGAGGAGGACGACGAGGAUGAGGGUGACAAGACCCAGUUGGCCGGAGGACCUACUCUUGGUGAGCUAACUAAAGCCGAGAGAGCUUCCAAGGCGCCACCACGGCCGCCCACGCCGCAGGAUGAGGCCUCCAAGGAGAAGUUCAAGGAUCUAGAGCGCCUGAGGCAGCAGUUUAUGCACAAAAUCGAUAGGAUCAAUACGAGGAAUAUUGAGGAGAGUGAGGCGCCUCCACCGCCACCUCCGCCGCCGCCUCCCAUCCCGGCCACGAUUCUACCAAAGGCACUGAAGGCUUUACUACACACCCAGGAACCACCAUCGCCUCCACCUCCAGUUAAUCCACCCAGUCCCAUGCCCACCCGAGUGGAUGUGGUUCAGGAAUCGCCGGCUCCUGUGGUUCAGGAACCCCCAGUUUCCCCACUUCCUCUGCCCUCCGAGCCGCCGCUGAUCAUCAAGGGCAAGUUCAAGGUGACCCUCGCCCAAGAAACACCAGAACUGCGGGUGGAAGCCCAGAAACUGAGCAAGCUGAAGGCCAGCUCCAAUGCCCACACCAUUAGCUUUCCCUCCAGCUUCGGGGGUUACUCGUCGGUGCAGGGCUUGUUUUCCCAGCGCUAUGGCUCCAAUCGGUUUCCCGUCGCCGCCCCGCAUCUGUCCAAGCAGUUCUUCGAGCCAUCGCUGGUGGAGAUUCGGACGCCGGCGCAAAGCAAUGUGGCCCUGAAUACGAUUGGACUCGGCCCAAGCAAUCACCAAAGCCUCACUUGUGAUACAAAUAGUUUAGCCAACAAACCGCGCACGCCCAGCGAACGGGAACUCGACGAGAUCUGGAUACGGCGGCAGGAUGGUGGAUUGGGCACUGCUGCCCCGGCAGCUCCUCCGUCCUUUGUACAACAACAACAGCAGCAGCAGCAGCAGAGGCCCGUCUCCUUGGGAGGGGCCUCGACCAUGCCCCGUUUGCUGAGGACCGAGAGCGGUGCCUCCACCACAAGUCCCUCCCGCCAGCUGACCAAUUCGGGAUCCGUUUCGGUUUCUGUCUCAGAUGAUGAGCAGGAUGGCAGCCUCGGAGGAAGGAUGCCGGGAUCCCGACCUUCCAGCGCCCCCGCAGAGCCAAAUGCCAAGGCGGCGAAGAAGGCCUACAAAAAGAUGGAGAAGGAACAGCGUCGCCAGGAGAAGGAGCAGUCGCGACGGGAGAAGGAAGCCCGCAAACUGGAACGCGAAACGGCGAGACGGAUCGAACGCGAGGCGGCCAAGCUGGAGAAGUUUAACCGUCACAGCGAGAAGAUCUCACGCAGCACCGAGCGGAUGGCCAUGGCGGGAGUUGGAUCGCGAUCCGGUUCGCUGGAGCGGAGGCGGAGCGGCGAGGAUUCGCCCGUGCUCAAUCAGUCGACGGUGCAUGGCAUAGCGUCACCCAAUCGACGACCCACAAUCUUCGAUGUGUUCCGGCCACGGGCGAAAUCGGAUGCCAAGCGGCAGAAGGAGAAGCACCUGUUGGACCCGUCCUCCGCAGACAGCAGCGCCACCAGCAGCACAUAUUCCGUAUCCGGAGGCACGGCUCCUGCCCCGAGCACUGCAGCAGCCGGCGGAGCAGCAGGAUCAGCAGGAGCGGCGGCGGUGGCGUCAGGCGGAGCGGGAGGAGCCGGUGGCCUUAUGAACUCCAUGAAGGUGGCCAUGCAGAACUUUAGCCAUCGACAGCAUCCCGCCGUGACGAUAACGAGUGCCGAUGGCACUCAGUCUACCGCAAAGAGCAAGUACAAAGACGGCAGCGCCCAUCCGCAUCAAGGCAGCGAUGCGCAGUAUUACCACACGGUGACGGCGGUGAGACCGAACGCUUCCCAACGGUCCCCCAUGACCAAGGUGAUGGAUCUGUUCCGGCAUCGCUCCAGUUCAGUCGUCAGCGAAGCCGACAAACGCAAAGCGCGCGCGGCGGCGCAUCAACAACAGUUGGCUGUACAAAGUGCUCAUAUGCGUCGUGCCUCUGCUGACCUCGAGAAACGCCGAGCAUCAGUGGGCGCCGCCGGACGAGGGCUGCGAGGCGAUGGUACCUUAGAUCCACACCAUGCAGCCAUCCUCUUCAGAGACUCCAGAGGGUUGCCUGUCGCUGAUCCCUUCCUAGAAAAAGUAAAUCUUUCGGACCUGGAGGAGGACGACUCACAAAUCUUCGUGAAGUUCUUCCGUUUUCACAAGUGCUAUGAUCUGAUACCCACCUCCGCCAAGUUGGUCGUCUUCGACACCCAGCUUCUCGUCAAGAAGGCCUUCUACGCCCUGGUCUACAACGGGGUGAGGGCUGCGCCGCUCUGGGAUUCGGAGAAGCAGCAGUUUGUGGGCAUGCUCACCAUCACGGACUUUAUCAAGAUCCUGCAAAUGUAUUACAAAUCGCCAAAUGCGUCCAUGGAGCAGCUGGAGGAGCACAAACUGGACACGUGGCGAAGUGUGCUGCACAACCAGGUGAUGCCGUUGGUCAGCAUCGGGCCGGAUGCCUCCCUAUACGAUGCCAUCAAAAUUCUCAUCCACAGCCGCAUACAUCGCCUGCCCGUCAUCGACCCGGCCACCGGCAAUGUUCUCUACAUCCUGACACACAAACGCAUACUGAGGUUCCUCUUCCUAUACAUUAAUGAAUUACCAAAGCCCGCUUACAUGCAAAGGAGUUUGCGCGAACUGAAGAUUGGCACCUACAACAACAUCGAGACCGCCGACGAGACGACGAGCAUCAUCACGGCGCUCAAGAAAUUCGUGGAGCGACGGGUCUCAGCGCUGCCACUGGUGGAUGCUGAGGGACGGCUCGUCGACAUCUACGCAAAGUUUGAUGUGAUUAAUCUCGCCGCUGAGAAAACCUACAACGAUCUCGAUGUGUCGCUGCGGAAGGCCAAUGAGCACCGCAACGAGUGGUUCGAGGGCGUUCAGAAGUGCAAUCUGGAUGAAUCGCUCUAUACGAUCAUGGAGCGCAUCGUCCGCGCCGAGGUGCACCGACUGGUGGUGGUCGACGAGCACCGCAAAGUGAUCGGCAUCAUCUCGCUGUCGGAUAUCCUGCUCUACCUGGUCCUGCGACCAAGCGGCGAGGGCGUCGGCGGCUCGGAGAGCUCGCUUCGCGCCUCCGAUCCCGUCCUGCUGCGCAAGGUGGCCGAGGUGGAGAUCCCAACGGCUGCCACAGCGGCGACAACGACAACGCCCCCGCCUCGCAGUCCUUCGGCCGGAUCCGGAAACCGCAGCCUCAUCGAGGACAUACCCGAGGAGGAGCCGGCGCCGACGAGAAGUGACGAUGCUGACAGUGAUAACAACAAGUCCGCCAGUGAGGAUAAGGCCAACAACAAUCAGCACGAUCAGACGGCUAAUGGUGAUAGCAGCAACAGUCCCGUGGAAGUGUCCUUCGCCGAUGAGGCGCACGAAGAGGAGUCCGCCGACCAGGUGGAGCGCAGCAAUUGUGAUGAUGAUGACCAGGAGGAGCUGGCGGAGAUGGAGCGCAAAAAGGCAUCCGCAGCUGCUGCUGCUGCUGCGAGAGCAGCGGAUGUGGACGACGAUGGGCUGAGCAGCGCCGUGUCAGCCGCCUCCGCUUUGGGCCAGUCACUGACGCCUGCGGCGCGGGAAAUGGCGUUGGUUAGUGAAUAAAACCUUAAUUUAAACACAAGCUACACAGAUACAGCUGCAACAACAGAAACAGAAACAAUUGCUUAACAAGAACUAAGAACCCAAAACACAACAAAAAUAAUGAUAAAGCAGAGAAAAUUAUAUUUGAAUAUUAAUAGUUGUUAAGGAUAUAUUAUUACAAUUAUGAAAUAUUAUGUAUUUUACAACAAGCAACUAAAAAGCAAAACAAAAACAAAACGCUGUUAACAAGAUGUUUAUAUAUACACACAAGAAACGAAAACAAAACAACAAAUUACAUUAGAAUGUCUUUAAAUUUUAAACGAUGUAAUUGAUUAUUAUAUGAUAGUACAGUACAAGUGAA